UGUGAGGGACGUGCCGCGCCGCCCCGCGCGCCAUGGCCGCCCCACCUGCCGCAAGCCCUGCUUCCCGGCGCCGCGCCGGCGGCCCCGCAGCGCCCCCGGGGAGGCCAAUCGGGGCCAGCCCGGCGGUUUUCCGCCCGUGUGCUCGUGUUUGUGUACGUGCCGCAGCCGGCUCCCGGCAGUGGGCGGGGGUUGUGGCCAGGGGUUCCCCUUGUGUUGCUGCUGGCGAGGCGCGGCGGAGAGGGACAGCUUCCUGACGGGCCGGCCCGGAGCCGUGAGAGCCAGGCGUGCUCAGCAAAGGGAGGCGAUGGUGAUGAUGCUGGAUUGCAGUUCGGAGGCUGGUAGCUUCAGCAAUCUGUUUGAGGCAGGAACCAGUGUGAACGCACCUGCAGAUGCCUUUGGUCAGUCUCCUGCUCACUUGGCUGCUUGUGGCGGUGAAGCUUUUUUCCUACUUUGGCAACUGCAGACAGGAGCAAAUUUGAACCAACAGGAUUGCCUUGGAGAAGCCCCGAUUCAUAAAGCAGCAAAAGUUGGGAGUUUGGAAUGUCUUGCUCUUCUUGUUGCCGGUGAUGCCAAAAUUGACUUGUGCAACAACAGUGGACAAACAGCAGCAGACCUCGCAAUGGCUUAUGGUUUUCUGGAAUGUGCCAAGUUCCUCACAACAGUUCAGCACACUCAGAGGAUGAAACUGAGAGGACAGUCUGGCUACUCACUCAGUGACAGACGUGGCUGGCCAAGAGAGGAUCCAGCUUCACAGAAGCAAGAAAGUGAAACUAGCAGAGCCAUAAGCAGGAAGAGGAGAAGAUCAGAUGAUAUCUUGUCUCCUAGCUGACAAAAGAAACACCUUGUAAUCCCAAAAUGAAAUCAAGGGGAAGGCGAAGGCUGAAGAAACAUGACUGGACUGUGCAUUAAGCAGCCAGGUGGAUGCUGGUACAUCAUCUCCUUCUGAG